AUGUGGUGUUCUAGAAAGAUUACUGCAUUCAAGGUCACAGGUCCAAUCGAAACUGACAGCUUCCCAAAUGCAGAGUUCAAGGUUGUGAGAGGUUCUGCUAGUCAGGUUCACAAAUUAACUCUCGUAGACUUGCCUUGCCUCAAUCCCUAUGACUGGAUCAUGCUUUACAAUUUACUGCUGCGAGACGGACAAAAGUACGAGCCCAUUAUUGCUCACCUCAAAAUGAGGUUAGUUUCGUAUAUUCAAGAGGUAGGCAAAAUGGAUGUGGAAAGAGUCGUUGUACUACGAAGGAAGCCAUCUGUUCUCCAUAAAGAAGUUCCAGAAGGUUUUAAGAAGUUGAAACUUGGGAAUAUAUACAAAGAAGGAUUGUAUGUGGUAUUUCAGGCGCGAUAA